AUGGCACGCGCGCUGUUACUCGCCCUCGCGGCGAGCGUCGGAACGGCACUCGUGCCCCAGCGCCAACCGUUCGCGCGCACAUCUCCCAAUGCGGCGUCGACGCUCGACAAGGCCGACGUCGCGACGAGCGACAAGGACUGCGUCGUCGACGACUUCAGCGUCGGCGCCUGCGACGACGACACGCCGCCCUUCAAGAAGAUCCUGGCGGCGAACCGGGCGGAGAUCGCCGUGCGCAUCAUGCGCGCGGGCACGGAGCUGAACAUGGCGACCGUGGGCAUCUACGCGCACGAGGACCGCAAGUCGGCGCACCGGUGGUGCGCGGACGAGACGUACAUGCUGCCGGCCGCGGGCACGCCCGUGGGCGCGUACCUCGAGGCGCAGAACAUCGUGGACAUCGCCGUGCGCGAGGGCGUCGAGGCCAUCCACCCGGGCUACGGCUUCCUCAGCGAGUCGUCGGAGCUCGCGCGGCUCUGCGAGGAGAACGGCAUCGCCUUCGUCGGCCCGACGGUCAAGAACCUCAACGACUUCAGCGACAAGGUGAGCGCGCGCCAGACGGCCAUCGCCGCCGGCGUGCCCGUCAUCCCCGGCACGGACGGCGCGCUCGACAACGCGGACCAGGCCUACGAGUUCGCGAAGGAGGCGGGCCUGCCCCUGAUGAUCAAGGCGACGAUGGGCGGCGGCGGCAAGGGCAUGCGCAUCGCGCGCACGCUCGACGAGGUCAGGAGCCAGUUCGACGCCGCGUCUUCCGAGGCUCUGGCGGGCUUCGGCGACGGCACGUGCUUCAUCGAGCGCUACGUCGAGAACCCGCGCCACGUCGAGAUCCAGAUCAUCGGCGACGGCGACGACGUCGUCCACCUCUGGGAGCGCGACUGUUCCGUCCAGCGCCGCCACCAGAAGGUCAUCGAGAUGGCCCCGGCCUGGAACCUGGACAGCGCGCUCCGGAAGAAGCUCCAGGACGACGCGGUCAAGCUCGGGAAAUUGGCGAAAUACGAGAACGCGGGCACCGUCGAGUUCCUGGUGGACGUCGCGAACAACGAGCACUUCUUCAUCGAGGUGAACCCGCGCAUCCAGGUCGAGCACACGGUCACGGAGGAGGUCACGGGCAUCGACAUCGUCCAGACCCAGUUCAAGAUCGCCGCGGGCGCGAAGCUCGGGGAGCUGGGCCUCGUGCAGGAGGACAUCAAGGCGCGCGGCGUCGCGAUCCAGUGCCGCAUCACGACGGAGAACCCGGAGCGCGACUUCGCGCCGGACACGGGCACGCUCUCCGUCUACCGCCACGCCCAGGGCUUUGGGAUGCGCAUCGACGGCAUCGGCUACUCGGGCAUGCAGGUCACGCCGUUCUUCGACUCGCUCCUCGUCAAGUACACGACGCGCGCGUCGACCUGGGGCGUCGCCGUGCGGCGCAUGCGCCGCGCGCUCCUCGAGAUGCGCAUCCGCGGCGUGAAGACGAACGUGCCCUUCCUGCUCAACGUGCUCGAGCACCCGGACUUCAUCGAGGGCACCGUCGACACGUCGUUCAUCGGCGACAACCCGGACCUCGUCAACAUCGGCAAGUCGACGUGGCAGGUCGCCAACUACCAGAGCGACCAGGACAAGGUCUACCGCGUCGAGCGCAACCUCCGCUACCUCGCGAAAGUCGCCGUGAACGGCCACCCGGAGACGCUCGGCGCGGACGCGGCGAAGAUCGGCGCCGUGCGCGCGACGGCCGUGCCCGUGCCCGCCGUCGAGGCGCCGGCGGUGAAAAACCCCUGGCGCAAGAUCCUCCUCGACGACGGGCCCGAGGCCCUGGCCAAGGCCGUCCGCGCGCACCCGAAGCUGCUGAUGACGGACACGACGUGGCGCGACGCGCACCAGUCGCUGUUGGCGACGCGCGUGCGCACGGCGGACCUCGCGGCCAUCGCGGCGCCGACCCAGGACGCGCUGGGCGACGCCGCCUUUUCGUUGGAGAUGUGGGGCGGCGCGACCUUCGACGUCUGCCUCCGGUUCCUCCACGAGUGCCCCUGGCGGCGCCUCGAGACGCUCCGCGCCGCGGCGCCCGACGUGCCCUUCCAGAUGCUCCUGCGCGGCGCCAACGCCGUGGGCUACACGUCCUACCCGGACGACGUCGUCUACCAGUUCUGCGAGACGGCGAAGGAGAAGGGCGUCGACGUCUUCCGCGUCUUCGACAGCCUCAACGACGUCGAGAACCUCGAGCUCGGCGUCAAGGCGGCCAAGGCCGCCGGCGGCUUCGUCGAGGCGGCCAUCUGCUACACGGGCGACGUCGCCAACGAGGCGCCGGACAACAAGUACUCGCUGUCGUACUACCGCGACCUCGCGAAGCGCUUCGUCGACGACCUCGGCGUCCACGGCCUCGCGAUCAAGGACAUGGCGGGCCUGCUGACGCCCAAGUCGGCGACCAUGCUCGUCUCGGCCCUGCGGGCGGACUUCCCCGACGUGCCCAUCCACGUGCACACGCACGACUCCGCGGGGCUGGGCGUCGCGGCGAUGGUCGCGGCCGCGGACGCGGGCGCGGAUAUCGUCGACGGCGCGGUCGACGCCAUGAGCGGCCUCACGUCGCAGCCGUCUCUAGGCGCCAUCGCCGCGGCGACGGACACGAGCCUCGACAGCGCCGCCUACUCGAAGAUCUCGUCCUACUGGGACACGGUCCGCGCGACGCUCUACGCGCCGUUCGAGUCGGGCCAGCUCGCGACGGCGUCCGACGUCAAGGUCCACGAGAUCCCCGGCGGCCAGUACACGAACCUGCUCUUCCAGAGCCGGCAGCUCGGCCUCGACGGCCGCUUCGACGACGUCAAGGCCAAGUACGCGAUGGCGAACCGCAUCCUCGGCGACAUCCCCAAGGUCACGCCGUCGUCCAAGGUCGUCGGCGACCUCGCGCAGUUCAUGGUCGCCCAGAACUUGAUGGAGGCCGACGUGGGCCUCACGGAGAACGUGGCGCGCCUCCCCGACUCCGUCGUGGACUACCUCAAGGGCUCGCUGGGCACGCCGCCGGGCGGCUUCCCCGAGCCGCUCCGGACCGACGCGCUCGCCGCCAAAAACCUCGAGCCGCUCCAGGGCCGGCCCGGCGCGUCGCUGGGCGCCUACGACUUCGAGGAGGCCCGCGAGAUGCUCAAGGAGAAGUACGCCGACGCGACGAAGCAGAUCACCUUCGAGGACGUGCUCUCGCACGCGCUCUACCCGGCCGUCUUCUCCGACUACAUGGACCACCGCCUCGUCUACGGCGACGUGGACCACCUGCCGACGCACGUCUUCCUCCGCCCCAUGAAGGUCAACGACGAGGUCUCCUUCGACGACGCCCGGGGCCGCAAGUACUUCAUCAAGCUCGUCGCCAAGAGCACGCCCGACGAGUCCGGGUCGCGGAAUUUGGCCUUCGAGGUCAACGGCGAGCGGUGGCAGUUCCGCGUCACCGACGAGGGCCACCUCAAGCGCCUCUCCGGCGAGGGGACCUCGGGGGUCUCCCUCGCGCGCGCCAAGGCGACGCGCGCGGCCGACCAGGUCGGCGCGCCCAUGCCGGGCGUCGUCGUCGCCGUCAACGUCAAGGAGGGCGACGUCGUCAAGAAGGGCGAGACCCUCUUCGUCCUCAGCGCCAUGAAGAUGGAGUCGACCAUCGUCGCGCCCCAGGACGGCACCGUCGACUCCAUCCUCAUCAACUCCGGCGACUCCGUCGAGGCGGAGGACCUCCUCGCGACCGUCAACUGA